UCGCUGUUGUUGACUGCAGAAGUCCUUCAGAGCAGAGUCAGAUUACGUCUCCGCCUACCAAAAGUUUCCCCCAAUCAUUUCCUUGCCGUCAAACAUAAAUCCAGGCUUCGCCUCCUGUGUCUCUAGACUCUUCAGCUAUCCUCCAAGAGCAGAUCUCUCACUCACAUUUGUCUCUAAAGACACAAGUUGCAAAGCUGAGCAUUAGAAAGCGACCACUUGCAAUUUGCCUUUUUUAUCUGCGAAUUUGUGAAAAAUCGAAGGAGCGUCAAAACUUUUAUUUUUGACUUUUUUUCCUUUUACUUACAAGGAUUCGAGUUUGCCAGUCAAGCUGUGCGCCCUUACAGACUGUCACUGCAGUCUUUGGGCUCAGCACUUGGAUUUAAGAAAAACUAUUUUCUCCUCUUUAUUUUUUUUUUACUGCGAGAAGCUGUUCUUUAAUUUUUUCGCAUGAAUCUCCUCGACCCAUACCUGAAGAUGACAGAAGAACAGGAGAAGUGUCACUCUGACGCUCCCAGCCCCAGCAUGUCUGAGGACUCCGCAGGCUCGCCGUGCCCGUCCGGGUCCGGCUCGGACACUGAGAACACCCGGCCGUCCGACCACCACCUCCUCUUGGGUCCAGACUACAAGAAGGAGGGCGAAGAAGAAAAGUUCCCCGUGUGCAUCAGAGACGCCGUGUCCCAGGUGUUGAAGGGUUACGACUGGACGCUGGUGCCCAUGCCGGUGCGCGUUAACGGCUCGAGUAAAAGCAAACCCCACGUGAAGAGACCGAUGAACGCAUUCAUGGUCUGGGCUCAGGCUGCACGGAGGAAGCUGGCCGAUCAAUACCCGCAUCUGCACAACGCGGAACUCAGCAAAACCCUGGGCAAACUCUGGAGAUUGCUCAACGAAGUAGAGAAGCGUCCGUUUGUGGAAGAAGCUGAGCGUUUGAGGGUGCAGCAUAAGAAGGACCACCCCGACUACAAAUACCAGCCAAGGCGGAGAAAAUCGGUCAAGAACGGGCAGAACGACCCCGAGGACGGCGAGCAAACUCACAUCUCUCCAAACGCGAUCUUCAAGGCGCUGCAGCAGGCCGAUUCUCCUGCGUCCAGCAUGGGCGAGGUGCAUUCACCGGGAGACCACUCAGGUCAGUCCCAGGGCCCACCAACACCCCCAACCACCCCCAAGACAGACCUCCCCUCCAGCAAAGCUGACCUGAAGCGUGAGGGGCGCCCCAUGCAGGAGGGCACCAGCCGCCAGCUCAACAUUGGACAACUCGACUUUGGCGCGGUGGAUAUCGGCGAGCUGAGCAGCGAGGUCAUCUCCAACAUGGGGAGCUUUGACGUCGACGAAUUCGAUCAGUACCUGCCGCCUCACAGCCACGCCGGGGUGACCGGAGCGGCCCAGCCCGGCUACACCGGCACCUACGGCAUCACCGGCUCCUCGGUCGGCCAGGUGGCCAACGCCAAUGCCCACGCCUGGAUGUCCAAGCAGCAGCAGCAGCAACAGCAGCAGCAGCAACAACAGCAGCAGCAGCACUCUCUGACCACCCUUGGUGGAGGAGGAGAGCAAGGCCAGCAGGGUCAACAGAGAACCACCCAGAUCAAGACAGAGCAGCUGAGCCCGAGUCACUACAGCGAGCAGCAGGGCUCCCCACAGCACGUCACCUACGGCUCCUUCAACCUGCAGCACUACAGCGCCUCCUCCUACCCCUCCAUCACAAGAGCACAGUAUGACUAUUCAGACCACCAAAGUGGUGCCAACUCCUACUACAGCCACGCGGCCGGCCAAGGCUCCGGCCUGUACUCCACCUUCAGCUACAUGAGCCCCAGCCAGAGGCCCAUGUACACCCCGAUCGCCGACACCACCGGGGUGCCCUCCGUGCCUCAGACCCACAGUCCGCAGCACUGGGAGCAGCAGCCCAUUUACACGCAGCUCUCCAGGCCAUGAGGAGGCGGCCUCAGCACUGACUGUACAACACCCAUCUCACGCAUAGACUUCUUUCUGCCCGGUGGCAUUGGCGCCGCCAUGACACACGCCCUUCAUUGCCAACAGAAAAACAUGACAAGGACUUUUUUUAUAGUACUGAAAAUAUAUCUUUGGAUUGGCUCACAACAGUGCCUUUUGUAUUGGUUGGAAUUGUGAUUAUUAUAUUUUUUUAGAUAUAAUGUUUUAAAAAAAUCCUCUGUGAGGACAUACUGGUUAUAAAUAUUUUAGUAUGUACUGUGUAUGUGUUCUGCUCUUCAUCAUAAUCAGUGUCAUCAGCAUCUUCAUCGUCACAAUUUGAAGGUUUAACACAUCUAACGGAGCGGGAAAGCCGGGUAAAACACCCUCAGUGGCCUUACUUCUCACUAAUGUAUUUUUGUACAGAAGUAAGAAACGUCUGUUUACUGACACUGCCGUCUUAUACAGCCUACAUUCUGCUUUGAAUUUUUGUACUGUACAUAUUUUAUUGUAAUUCCCAUGAGAUGCAAGAACUGAGCAAUGCAGGUUGGAAAUAGAUUUGGAUUUUUGGCCAUGAUAUGACCGUGUCAUCAGUGAAUUAGUCAAAUAUUCUACUUCUUGUUCUUUGCUUUAGCUCAAAUUAUUGUGUUUGAAACGCUAUAGCAGGUGCCAUGUAAUUCUACUAGGGGCCUUAUUGUGUUGCUAGAUGUAACUGAGCAAUGCUUGCUUUUACCUGGGUACUGCCUUGAUACCAUUGGUGCCUCUGGAGCCACAGUGUGGAGGCUCCUUCCACUGGCAUUGCAGUGUCAAAACCACAGCUGACUUCCUGCUUGAGGAGAUGCAGGAAGUGACCUUUGACCUGAUUCUCCUCAGCAGCCAGCAGGUCUGAGUCUGGCGUGCUUCUAUCAUUCCUACAGCCCCAUCCUUUUUUUUUUUCCUAACCUUUUUUUUCUUAAUUUAUUCUUUAGCAUUAAUUUUAUUUGAAAAAUAACUAUUUGCAAUUAUCUUUUUAAUUCAGCAGCAGCUAACUGAGAGUUUUCAGUGGAAUAGUUUGCUGUCAUAUGUGGUACAAAUUUGUUUAUUUAUCAUUUGUAAAUGUUUCCGUAUAAAAGUUUCUUUUAUUCAUGAUCUAGUUAUGUACAGAUUACUUAUAAUUACACAAUGAGUCUUUCUCUAAAAAAGAAAAACUGGAAGUUUUCUCUUUUUUUUCCCCCCUCUCCUUUCUAACAAAUGAAUUAAUGGAUAUGGAAGCUGCGGCUGUUUUUGUAAAGAAUUUGCUGGAAUCAACAGGAUACUUUUUGUUUUUGAAAAAAGGUUGUGUUCCUCAUUUUAUAUUCUGUAUCGUUAGUUCUCAUCUCGUCAUCUCCUUAAUGCAGUUUCCGUAGGUAAACAUGGCAUUGUCUUAAAAGCUUAUCUUUUGUAUUAUAUUGUUUGCAAUAAAAACAAAACACUGAGAAAUA